AUGCUUUUUAAACCUUGCCUUGCCUUCGCUGUUUUCCUUGCUACCUCCACCUGGCAUCUCUUCGCCAACGCACUCGCUGUCCGUCAAACCGAAGUCUCUGAGCGAUGUGGUAAUGAUCAUAUCGACGCCGCUACAAAGGCCCACAUGGAGGCAGACUUCAAAUCCAGACGCGUUCCUCCCCCAUCCGACGUGUCUUCUGUCUCCAGAGCUGGCCCCAUAAAUGUCUUCUGGCACGUCGUAUCCAACGAUGAGACCCCGGAAGGCGGGAACGUACCCGACUCGGCCAUCGACGAGCAAAUGGAUGUCCUCAACACCGCCUACCAGGGCACAGGCCUGCAGUUCCAACUCAUCAACGUGUCAAGGACAGUGGAGCCCGAUUGGUCCGCUGGUGCUCUAACCGACACUCCAUUGAGCUUCGAGAUGAAAGCCGCCCUGCGAAAGGGAGGAGGAGCCGACUUGAAUAUCUGGUCUUGCGGUGGAUUGCUCGGAUAUGCCACCUUCCCAGUAAACCUCACCAAGGAGCCUGAAAAGGACGGGGUCGUCAUCAGAUUCACAACUUUACCAGGUGGCUCCUCAACUAAUUUUAACCUCGGCCAUACCCUUACGCACGAAGUGGGUCACUGGGUUGGACUCUACCACGUGUUUGAAGACCAUUCCUGCACUGGAGAUGGUGAUGAAGUCGACGACACACCCCCUCAAUCUACUUCUACCAGUGGCUGUCCCGACACCAAGAACUCCUGUGGCGCAGGGGAGGAAGGUGACCUCCCAGAUUCCAUUCACAACUACAUGGACUACUCGCAUGAUAGGUGCAUGUGCGAGUUCACUAAUGGCCAGGUUGAGCGAAUGCAUGAUCAACUUGCAACUUACCGCGGAAUCGAAUUGAGGACUGGACCUUCAGUUGGAAUCAGGCGACGAACACGAACACUUCGACGGCUUCUCGCUCCUUCUGGUCACGGAAGGCUUCAGGCCCGCCAAAUCGCAUCUCAAUGUGAAGGACUGUUCCCUUAA